CAUAUCUUGAUUUUGUUAGGCGGCAAUACAAAGUGUCUCAGGCAGUCAAAGGUGGUCAGAAGUCUCGGCCACCAAGGUUCGAUUUCCUGGCUCUCAAAUAUGCUCUUAGAUGGAAGCGGCGUGCUUGUAAGACUGCUAAAAGUGAGUUAGCAUCGUUUGAGCUGGGCUCUUGGGUUUCAGAAGUCGUAUUGAGCGCUUGCUCUCAAUCCAUAAGGUCUGAGAUGUGCAUGCUGAUUAGUUUGCUAUGUGCCCACAGUUCAUCAAGGCGAUUUCGGUUGUUGAACUUGCUUAUGUCAUUGUUACCAGCUACUCUUUCUGCUGGGGAAAAUGCAACAGAAUAUUUUGAAUUGCUCUUUAAGAUGAUUGACUCAGAAGAUGCUCGUCUUUUUUUGACUGUGCGGGGAUGUCUGACUACAAUAUGCAAGUUAAUUUCCCAAGAAGUUGGUAAUGUUGAGUCCCUGGAGAGGAGCCUGCAUAUUGACAUAUCGCAGGGCUUUAUCCUUCACAAACUUAUAGAGCUACUUGGCAAAUUUUUGGAGGUUCCCAAUAUUAGAUCGAGGUUCAUGAGAGAACAGUUACUGUCUGAAGUCCUUGAGGCCCUUAUUGUCAUUAGGGGUUUGAUAGUGCAGAAGACCAAGUUAAUAAGUGAUUGUAAUCGACUUCUGAAAGACCUCCUAGACAGUCUUCUUCUUGAGAGCAGUGAAAACAAGCGUCAGUUCAUCCAGGCUUGCAUCUCUGGUCUGCAAAUCCAUGGACAGGAGAGGAAAGGACGGACUUCUUUGUUUAUCUUGGAGCAGCUUUGCAAUCUGAUCUGCCCAUCAAAACCAGAAACUGUAUAUUAUUUGAUUCUGAACAAGGCACACACUCAGGAGGAGUUCAUCAGGGGAUCAAUGACCAAGAAUCCUUAUUCCAGUGCCGAGAUUGGCCCAUUGAUGCGUGAUGUGAAAAACAAAAUCUGCCACCAGUUGGAUCUAUUGGGUCUCGUUGAAGAUGACUAUGGGAUGGAAUUGCUAGUAGCUGGAAAUAUUAUCUCUCUCGAUUUGAGCAUUGCUCAAGUUUAUGAACAAGUUUGGAAAAAGUCAGUCAGUCAUUCGUCAAACACAGUAGCUGGUGGUACCUUGCUAUCGUCCAAUGCUGUCACGUCAACCCGAGAUUGUCCUCCAAUGGCAGUAACCUACCGGCUUCAGGGGUUAGAUGGUGAAGCGACUGAGCCCAUGAUCAAAGAAUUGGAUGAGGAUAGAGAGGAAUCUCAAGAUCCUGAGGUUGAGUUUGCAAUAGCAGGUGCAGUCCAGGAGUGUGGUGGACUAGAAAUUCUUUUGGGCAUGAUUCAGCGUUUGCGAGAUGAUCUGAAGUCUAACCAAGAACAGUUGGUUGCAGUGCUUAAUCUCCUCAUGCACUGCUGUAAGAUUAGAGAAAACAGAAGGGCCUUAUUAGGAUUAGGAGCUUUAGGUAUACUCCUCGAAACGGCAAGGCGUGCUUUUUCCGUGGAUGCCAUGGAGCCAGCUGAAGGCAUUCUUUUGAUUGUGGAGAGCCUGACAUUGGAAGCUAAUGAAACAAAUACUAUUAGCAUUACACAGAGUGCUCUUACAGUUGCUACCGAAGAAACUGGUGCAGGUGAACAGGCCAAGAAAAUAGUUCUGAUGUUCCUGGAAAGAUUGUGCCAUCCUUCAGGUCUGAAGAAGUCAAAUAAACAGCAGAGAAACACUGAGAUGGUUGCAAGAAUUUUGCCUGCCUUGACCUAUGGUGAACCUGCAGCAAUGGAAUCACUCAUCCAGCAUUUUGACCCUUACUUACAGAACUGGGGUGAAUUUGACCAGCUGCAGAAAGAGCAUCAAGACAAUCCAAAAGAUGAAACCAUUGCUCAGCAUGCUGCCAAACAGAGGUUUGCUAUGGAGAACUUUGUUAGAGUUUCGGAGUCACUGAAGACAAGUUCUUGUGGGGAGAGAUUGAAGGACAUUAUAUUGGAAAAAGGAAUUGUUACAGUUGCAGUCAGAUAUCUGAAGGAAAGUUUUGCAUUUAUGGGGCACACUGGCUUUAAAUCAAGUGCAGAUUGGGCAUCGGGUUUAAAACUUCCAUCUGUUCCACUAAUACUGUCUAUGCUCAGGGGGUUGUCAAUGGGGCAUUCGGCCACUCAAAGGUGUAUUGACGAAGGAGGGAUCUUAUCAUUGCUCCAUGCAUUGGAGGGAGUUUUGGGAGAAAAUGAGAUUGGGGUGAGGGCUGAAAAUUUAUUGGACACACUCUCUGAUAAGGAGGGAAAAGGUGAUGGCUUCCUGACAGAGAAAGUUUGCAACUUGCGGCAUGCCACUCGCGAUGAGAAGAGACGUCGAGCACUAAGAAAGAGAGAGGAGUUGCUUCAGGGACUUGGUAUGAAAUGGGAACCGGCUCCAGAUGGUGGUGAACGAAUUGUUGUUGCUCAGCCACUUCUUGAAGGCUUGGAUGAAAUGGAGGAGGAGGAUGGGGAGCUAGCUUGCAUGGUCUGCCGAGAGGGCUACAAAUUGAGACCUACCGACUUGCUGGGUGUUUACACUUACAGUAAGCGUGUGAAUAUGGGUGUUGGAACUUCAGGAAGUGGUCGUGGGGACUGUGUAUACACAACAGUUAGUCACUUCAACAUCAUACAUUUCCAGUGCCAUCAAGAAGCUAAAAGAGCAGACGCUGCGCUGAAGAACCCCAAAAAGGAAUGGGAUGGUGCAGCCCUAAGAAACAAUGAGACCCUCUGCAACAAUUUAUUUCCCCUGAAGGGUCCAUCAGUUCCAAUGGCACAAUAUAUACGCUAUAUUGACCAGUACUGGGAUUACCUCAACGCUCUUGGACGUGCUGAUGGAAGCCGGUUACGGUUGCUGACGUAUGACAUUGUUCUGAUGCUUGCUCGAUUUGCUACUGGUGCAUCAUUUAGUGCGGACAGCAGAGGUGGGGGAAAGGAAAGCAACUCUCGGUUCCUUCCUUUCAUGAUUCAGAUGGCUCGUCAUCUACUUGAUUUUGACACCUCCCAGCGGCGUAUCAUGGCCAAGUCUAUUACAACAUAUUUAGCCUCUUCCACAUUGGAUUCCAAACCCUUCAUUUCUUCUGGAACACAACCUUCUGUUGGAACUGAAGAAACAGUCCAAUUCAUGAUGGUGACCUCACUUCUCUCAGAAUCUUACGAGGCAUGGUUGCAACAUCGUCGUGCCUUCUUGCAGCGUGCAAUAUACCAUGCAUACAUGCAGCGCCCUCAUGGCCGGUCGCCACACCGCUCAUCAUCCAAUCCAACGAAUGUUGUUAGAUCCGAUUCUGGAAGUACCAGUGGAAGCUUCACAACAGAAACUGGUGGCACAGACGAGCUAUCAUCCACGAUUCUACAGAUGCUUGUUUACACUGGCUUGAUCGAGCAGCUGCAGCGUUUUUUGAAAGUUAAAAAGUCAGCAAAUGGAGCCUCCAAUCCUGCAGAAGGAAGCCCGAAGGAGCUAGAGGGGGAAGAUGAGAGUGGAAGCUUGGAAAUUUGGGAGGUGGUGAUGAAAGAGAAGCUUUUAAAUGCGAAGGAAAUGGUUGGGUUCUCCAAGGAGUUGCUGUCGUGGCUCGAAGACAUGACUUCCGCUACUGAUUUCCAGGAGGCAUUUGAUGUCAUUGGUGUUUUGCCCGAUGUGCUCUCCGGUGGCUAUUCACGGUGUGAGGACUUCGUGAAUGAUGCAAUUAAUGCAGGAAAAAGCCGAGGAUUUUAGAUCAUCAGGACAAUAUUUUUGAGGCGAUUGGUUGGUUAUAUGGUGUUUUUGCAAAUGAGUUGUGUGUUGUUGUAUCAAAAAUGUCGCAUGCUGUUGUAUAAAAAAUGAUGUUUGUUCGAUUCUCGUAGAAGAUGAAGGAAGGUUAGUUUCCCAGCUCCACCUUUGAAACUUAUCCUGGUAGGUGUGUUGUAACAUGGUACUAAGUUAAUGAAAGUCUUUCUAAAAUGGC